CAGAUGUUUCAGUUCUCCAAUAUGGCUGCUUUCAAAUUUUUUUGGUAGGAAAAGCCGCGAGAUAAAUAGUUCACGCUUUACUGUUUAGGACCUCUAUACUUUAGCAAAACUUUUAACAUGUCCUGGAAGAUGGUUUCUUUUAUUUUGUUUGUUAUUUGUUGAUAUGUUUGUGAAUAAUAAUGAACAAAGAAGCAAACAUAAAAUCUGAUCCGCUGUCACGAGAUAUAGAUUCGAAGACGACCUUGAGUGAUGGCUCCAUGCAGUCUUGUUUUCGAAAUCGCAAUGAAAACAUUAAGAAUAGCAAAAAUAGGAGAGUAUGUUUUGCCGAAGAUGAGACGGAUUUGGUCACCGGUUAUUUGGAGCCACCCAAUCCUUGGGAAUUCUGCGAAAACGUAAAUAAAGAGGAGGUGAUAUCGAGCUACUUGGAGUCGUGCGAAAAGCAUGGAUCGCGUCCCAUAUCCAGUGUACUGGAGCAGUUGCAGGAUUUGGAUUUUACUUUGGAGAGAAACGCCUGUCUCGAUCUGAAAGGCAGGACAUUGACGCCACUUGAUUGUGAAACUCUAGAAGAAAUCCUGAAACGUGUUCAAUUUAUUGCUAUCAAUCUAGAGCAGACGUCAAUUGACGAUGAGUCAUCAGUUGCUCUGUUUGAUAUGGUGGAAUACUACGAGGCUGCAGUCAGUUUGAAUAUAUCUGGAAAUCAUAGCAUCGGAGUCCAAGGAUGGCAGGCGUGCUCUCGUAUGAUCAAACGUACGAAAUGUUUGGAAGAACUGGAAGCCAGAAACACGACACUGACGGAACAGUACAUGCCGAUAUUGAGCCGCGCGCUUCGACUGUCAUCGCAGCUGGUCGUUCUCAAACUCGAAAAUUGCAAUCUCAGUGGACGUCCCAUUGUUAUUCUUGCUGCUGCACUAAGACUGAAUACCUGUUUGAAAGAGCUUUAUGUGGGUGAAAAUUAUCUUGGAACGUCCGAUGCCAGCCAACUGGGAGCUAUGCUCAAGUGCAAUGCUACAAUGCAGUUACUAGACAUCAGCAACAACAAUAUCCAGGAUGGCGGCAUGAAGCAUAUAGCGGAUGGCAUUUGUGAGCAGAGCAGUCAGCAGAGUGACUCGAGUGUCGGCCUCAGUGUCCUCGUUCUCUGGAACAAUCACCUCACCUUGAACUCGUCCAAGCACAUCGCCAAAGUUCUUGCAAGCAGCAAAACUCUGGAAACGCUGAAUGUAGGCCAAAACAUCCUGAGCAAUGAAGUUCUGUUUGCAACUAAACAUGUUCUGCAGCAGAACAAAGCUCUGCUGAGAUUGGGCAUGCAGUCAACCCAUCUGACAUGUGAAGGAGCCGUUGCAUUGGCUGAAAUUAUUGCUGACAACUCAACAAUUGAGAGAAUUGAUUUGAGAGACAAUAACCUACAAGUGGCCGGUUUGAUGGCACUCGUACAUUCAAUGAAGGUCAAUUCAAGUGUCACACAACUUGAUCUGGAUGACUCGCCUCGUAGGAAAUAUUCCGGCAACGCUCUAGAGGAAUACAGCCGCCUGGUGAAGGAGAUCCGCAGCUUCUGCCAGCGCAACGACGAGGCGAAGAGUUCGGACACGACAUCGGAGGACGUGUCCGAGCCAGGCAUGGACGACAGUGCCGAUGACAGCACCAGCAGUCGACAGAACAGCUUCGCACUGCGCAAGAUCUCGCUGACCUGCGAAACGCUAAUGAAAACCACAUCGCUGCCACCCGUCGACACGUCGUCGACCAAUCUACUGGUGGAGCCGCGCCGCAGCGGAGGUCGACUGCGGAGUCCCGCCCCGUCGCCCAUACCGUCGCCCGUCGCCAGCCCGUCCCCCACCCGCAGUCGCUUCCAAGUGUCGCGCGUCUCCGAGAGCGACUCCCCCACCACACCUCCAUCCACUUCCCCCUCGCCUCCCACCAUCUUCUUCGCCACAAGUUCUUCGUCAGCAGCCAGUUCCCGGUUCAAAGUGACCGUUGUCGACGCUGCACCGGCUCCCAUCCCUGUCACCACCGUUGUACCCAGCAACAACGUCACCAAAGGCUUCGAUAUUGCCACAACUCACCCGAAAACAGAGCCACCGAAACUUGUUGAAAGUCGAGCGUCGCCUAGAACGUCACCGUUGAGGAGUAGAUCGGACACUGAGGAAAGUGUGGACUCGCCCAAGUCGAAACUGCCCAAAGCGAUGGAUAGCAUCGACUUGUCGGCUCUGAGAAUCUCGAAGCAGGUGUCAGUUUCGGAAAACCCAGCCCCCUCACCAUCAGCCAGGACUCGGAAGAUUUCUUGGGUGCAGCCGAGUUCGAUUUUCUCGACAACCACACAGGAUGAAGUGCCGCCCGUGGCGGGAAAGCCGUCCCAGCUGGGAAAGCUGUUUGGCCUGUUCAGCAACCCCUUCUCCAGGUCUGCCGACCCUCCCACCACUAUUGUACCUGAUCGUAGUAGUAGUAAUAGUAGUUGUACUAGCGAUAAACCACAACCGAACUGUGAUAAAAACGCUGAUAUUGUGAAGAAAACUGCCGGCGAGUUUUUGGAACAAACGCUUAAUUUGUUUUCGGGGAGUAGGUCAGUGAGUAGUGACUCGCAAGUGAUGGAAUCUAGUGAUAGUGGCGGCGACUCGGUAGGCUCGCCACGCCAAAUUGAGAAACGCGCACAUUCGGACAAAGUGAUCAUCGAGGAAACUGAUCAGGAACUGAUGGAGGCAGCUAGAGAUAGCAAUAAUUGUAGUAUUAGUAACACUAGCAGUAGUAAUAGUAGUAACGAUUGCGAAAGUAACAGGGCGGGAAGUACGAGUAGCAGUGAUAGUAGUAACUUGGAACCACCUGAUGAACAUAAUAAACAAGUAACGGUGACUGAUACUACCACUAAAUCACCGCAUGAUGCUGACAAUAGCUGUGAUAAUUUGACAAUUACUGAGCCGAUAUUCAUAGUGGAGUGUUGUGGAGAGGGGGGUGAGGUCGACAACUCCAACGACUGCAUGCGAUCAACAAAUAACGAAGAAGCCAUCCUGGACCACUCCGUCGCUGGCUUUGUGGACUCCGAUACGCUGAACAAUAACAAUGAUAAUAACUCAAUCGACAAUAGCAACAAUAAUCUUGCCGCCGCGAAUUUAGAUGAUACGACACAAAAUGAUUCUGAAGUUUCUACCCUGAAUAAUGUUGAAGAAGUUUCAUUUCAGGGUAAUGUAUCCCCUAUAAGGAAGAAUCAAGAAGAAAGUCUUACCCAUACGAAUUCGGAAGACGUUUCUGUACAAAGUGAUGACGUUUUCACCCAUAACGACGCGAUAGAAACUCAGAUACAGGAUGUUGCUGGGAAGGGUAAUGAGGUUUCUACUCAAAACAACUUGGAACAAGAUUCUGCACAUUUUUUGAAAGAGGUUUCCGAAAAACGCGAUGAAAAUCUCGCACAAAACAACCUCGAGAAGGGUUUUGCAGAGUUGACUGUGGGAGAAGGGACUGUGAAAGGUGAUGCGUCACAUGAACACGUGGAUGAAGGUUUCUCGCAGAUGAGUGUCGACGAUGUAUGCACAUCUGAAAGGGAAGAAGAGCAAGGGAAAGCGGCUGAUAAAGGACCAAGUGGAGCAGAGGACGCGAUAAGGUGGAGAAGAAGUAGUGAAGAUGAAGAUGCGUGUGAGACGUGGCCGCAAGCCAAUAAUAAAUUGCUGCACCGAUUUGGCGGACCUCCGUCUCCGUCUGUUGACCUGCACAGCAGCAGUGCUCCUUGUCUCACCGCGCUCGUCUUUCUUCAAGGGAACGUUUCUUCCAAUCUUGCCGCCGAAUUGAAGAAAAUAUCUCCGACGGAAAGUGCAGACUCGCUUGACUCGGCGACGCCGCAGCCGCAGGCGAACGGACAGCCGCAGUCACAGACGCCAUCGCAGCAGGACCUCGGCGUCGUUCUUUGAAACACCGACCAACUCCCAAAAAUGGAUGACAAGUAAACUUAUCACUGUUUAGCUACUAUAUGGAGACAGUUCACAAUACAAUCAAUUCGAACUGGCAUGGUUGAAAAUGUGAUCAAAUAAUUAUUAACUUGAACCAAACGAGGUUUAGGUGGCUGAUAAAUUACUGGUAGAAAUAUUGAAGAAUGGCUUGACGGCUUGACGAGUUUGGUUACCAGCCGAUCAAUUUGUCAGGUGAUGAGACUUGGUUUUUCCGUUCGGAACUUGUUUCUCAGUGAGAAAAUCCUGACAAGCCUUGAGAUUUGAAGAGUAGUUUUGGCGCUAGAAUUUAUCGUUAGUGGGCGAUCUAAUGUACAAAAGGUUCGAAAUUAGUUUCGAAACUGAAGAGCACUUGACAAGGUUCGUUCGACAAUGUUUUUGAUUUUGGGACUUUUCUGUUCCAGUUUUGACGAAGCUCACAUUUGUUUCAAUCUUCUCUUGACAUGAGAUCUUUUUUUCACCUUCAUUCCCUUGACAAGAGGGAAAGCCUCAGAAGUUUAUACAGCUCUUGCUUUCCCUCUUCAUCGCGGACAAGCUUGUGAGAUGAAAUUCCCUAUUUAUAUCCCUUCUUAUUGAACUAUAAAAUUGUGAAGUUCCCUAUUUAUUCUAGCUAAUUUAGCUAGUUCAGCUUCUACAUUGCAUGUUUACGUUUUCCUUUUUGCGCAAAUUGCAGCUUGUAUAUAUGUUUCUCUCUGUAUCUUUUCUAUGCUAGACAUAUAUUAACCUUACUGGAGCAAUGGAUAAGAUUGGUUGAGCCGGCAUAGUAUUAAGCCUAGAGGUCUGUGAAGUUCUAAAAAUAAUACAUUUUUGAGGUUUUCAAUUAUUAUGUUUUUUUUCUACAAUAUUUUACUUUCUUAUUAAACUGGGCCUAAAAGAGCAUACACAUAUUAUAUUAAGUGAUUACUAGAAAUAACGUAAAGAUAUGUGCAAUAAUGAUAACGAAUAAUCAAGCCUCAUCACCUAUGUAAUGUUGUACAAUAACAUUCUUCAACUAAUCCGUACAAUCUGUUCAAUUUUUGUGCAUUUGAAAACUGCCACUCUUUAAGUAGUUUUUUAUCUUGGUCGUAAGCGCUUAAGCAAAUAUUGUUCAACCACCUCUAAAAUAAAAAAAUAUUCGAGAUAAAUUAGUUUGUUAUUGUAAUUGGAUGAAUUUUUGUGGGUGUAUGUGUGUAUGUGUGUGUUGAAAUUAAUUUCAGAGUCAUUAUCAGUUGUGAGUGUCUAAAUCGUCUUAUUAAUCCAAUAAUUAUUUGAUGGGCCUUGAAAGAACAACUGUUUACAUUAAUUUAAUAACAUUUGUACAGAGAAUUCCAGGAGGAACAAACAAUACUCUCAAUAGUAAGGGAAUAUUAUUUAAGAAACAUAACAGAAAUUAAUAAAUAAAUGAAGUAUUUAUUAUAACAUAUUAAUUGAUAUAACCGAAAAUACAAGUUUAAAUAAUAUCCUUUAAUAAUAAUAAUUUAUUUAUAUAAUAACAAUAAUAAUUUCCGAUCAUUUAUAUCUUCUAUAAUAAUAAUUGAAAUAUUAAUAAUGAUAACUUGAGUAUAUAAUAACAAUAAUAAUUUACUAUUAUUUAUUACUUCUAUGACAAUUAAUUGUGGAAAUUUAUAACCAGUCAAUUCGUUUUUUAGUGUUCUCUUGCUAAAACUAAAAUUUGAUUAAACUAAAACAAAACUAAAAUAAUACUAAUUUUGAAACUUAAAACUAAAAUGAAACUUAUUACCUUCAAAUAAACUACUCUUGAAAAAAUUAAUAUCCUCUUACUUCAUGUGAUCGAUUAUCUAUCCAGUACAGAUGCUGCCUAACUUCGUCAAUAAGAAAAGUUUUCUCAAUAUUUUUACGAUUUAUUUCUCGUGAUUAAACUUUAUAAAAUAUCAACCCCUGAUUUAAUGUUACAAGUUAUACCACAAAACGUCCCUGGUAAAGCUCCCUUCAAGUUGUCUUGCAUACUAACUUUGAGGAAUGAUUUCCAGAAAAUCCUCCUACAAGUUAUUCUUUUUACUAACUUGUAUAGCUUUUUGCUGGCGGGGAUUUUUGACGGGAAAGUUUCACCUUUCCAGAUAUGUAUUUUAGCCUCUAAUGUCCCAUAUAUAUUUCAUUCAAAUUCCAUUACGAUAAUCAUAUUAAUUCCUUAUGGAAUGCUCUGUACAAAUAUCGAUUCUAUCGGUGACAGAUUCAGCUGAAAAUAGAAAAAAGUUGUUGAAUAAUGCAUUUAUUUGAUAAUGAAUGGAUUAAUAGACUUCAUUGAAUUUGCACUCAUAUGUUUCUGUUUCUAUGUUGUUGCUUUCUUGAGUAAUAUAAAGACAAACAAUAAUUUCGAUAAUACUUCAAAUAUUAUUCAUAUAUAUUUAUAUAGGACUGUUAGUAUUCCUUCAUGAUAAAAUUAUAAGAAAGUACAAUCUCUUUUUAAAUAUAAUAACUAUAAUUAUUAUUAUAUGUUACAAUGUUAUUUUUCUAUGGAAACUCGAGAUUUAUCGGGUAAUAGUAGCACUAUGUAGUUAUAUAUGUCCAUUAUAUAAUAGUAAUAUGAUAAAUUCAAUGUAUUAUGACCCAUCUGGCUAAAUACGAGUACAUCCUGGCUAAACACGAGUAAAACCUCUGUAUUAGAGGUGGUUAUGGUAUAACUGAAUGUUUUUCGUUUAUCUAUGAAUACAUUUAAUUUCAGUUGAGUGGCUACACAAUUUAAAAUACAAGACCGUUGAUAGUUGGUGGGAGAUUAGAUAAAAUAGUAUUCAUAUUUUUAAAGCAUCUCAUAUUAUUGCGAAGUAAAUUGAUUUCUGAGCUAUUUGAUUCUAAAUUGGAUUUUUUCAUAGUUUCCAAUUUUGAAUCUCAUCCUCCAUGAAUUGUAGAGUUCUCACAAUUUUCAUAUUUUUAAGAACUUGAUUUACUUUUUCGUGGUUUUUUGGGUUAAAAGGAUUCAAAUAAUUUUUCAGGCAGUAGGCUACACGUUUCAGUUGAAAAUGUAGACAUUGUUUUAAUUGUAUUUCUAUGAAGAAUCCUUCAUUUUCUGCAUGUUGUCCAAUUACUUUAUUUUAUCAUGUAAAUAAAUCAAUACAUACAUUAUUGUAAUUAAUUAUUUAAUAUUUUGUUACUCGGUCAAGCAAUCUAAAACCUAUGUACAAUCUAGGAGAAACUUUAGCAUCAUUUCCAUAAUGAAUAAUUGAUGAUUAUAAAAAAUUUUUUCUAGUUUUGAUGCCCCCUGAAGGUUGAUUGUAAAAAUACCUUGGCUCUAGUAAAUCGUGGUAUCGAACUGCCUUUAACUCAGAGAAAUCUUCCAACUUUCUGUUUUAACGGUUUCAUAGUGCUUUACUAGCACUUCUAGAUUUUUCUCGUUAUUUUAUUCACUAGAUUUUUGAAAUUUUAAUUUAACUUCUGUUUUAUUAUUUUUCUUUUAAAGCCCUCAAUAUGUUUCUACGACAGUAAUUUUAUUUUAUCGAUCUGAAUUAUAUUGCCCAUCAGAAAAAUUGGAUAAUUCAUUAACCAGUUGUAUUUCGCUUCGUUAGAAAUUAAUACUUCUUAUAGCAAGAUGUACGAUUAUUCCGGUUGUAAAAGUUACAAAUUCUAUACUGUUGCUCAUUAAUGUAUAUUAUAGUAUAUUUUUUUAACAGUCAUCCAUAGUUUACUUAUAAACCUAUGUUUUUAAUAACUAUAUUGUUGUGUAAUAUAUUCGACUUGAUUAUUACCUCUAGUUCUAUUUAAAUAUUAUUAUUUUAUUAGGUAUAAGAAGCUGUUCAAAAUCCUAUAUGGACCAUUAUAUUAAGUCAGAUGAAGAAUGCUAUGAUAUCUCGGAAGUUCUAAAUAAUAAUUUGGAAGCUUCUUGCUGUUAAGAAUAUUAAUGAGCUGUUCGGUCAAUCAAUUCAUUUUGGAAGUUUUAAAACUGUGUUUCAACUUUUAAGAAAGCUGUCUGUGGCCGAGUUUCAAAAUCAACAUUAAUUUUUGAUUAAUCACUGAUUGAAGUUCCGUUCUUUAUCAACGUUUUUGUGAACUGCCGAUAUAGGUAGUUUACAAACAGCUAGUUGUACAAAUAUUGUUGUUUUAGCCCUAUCACAAUAAUUUAUAUGGAAAAUAACAAUAAAAAUGAAUAAAUCGUUCCCUGAUAUAUUGAUUACUGAUUAAUAUUAGGGUCCAAUGACACACCAUCAAUAGUUGAGAGGUACAGCACUCAAUAUCUUAUGAGAGCUCAUUCAGCUUCAAGAUGUUUAGGCCUUCAUCCACUAAUUGAAGUAUUUUAAAAUGAUUUUGUGUGCAAAUGUUUUAUUCAGACUCGCCAUUUCAUCUUCUUUUAACUUUCCUUGUUCUACAAUCUAUAAUAUGAUUAUUAUUUUCAUUUAUUCCAUUGUAGGGCUGACAGAAGUUCAUGCUGCUGGAGAAGAGGCAUGUCAGUUGCUCCAGAACUUACUUGAUUCUAUUAGUAUUUUUAACAUAUUAAGUGUAAAAUUAUUUUUUUUAACCUUGGCCUAUGAAUGCAUAUUAUGCAUAUAUAUAUAUUUAUUCCAUUUAAAACAUAGUAAUAUUUUUUCAAAAGCUUUUUCAAAGCAGCAUAUACCAGUUGGAAUUGGAUCAUUCAAUAUUUUUUCAAUCUUUAUUUCGCCCUUACGUUGUUGUAAAUUGAUUGCUCAUUUUUUGUCGUCUUCUCAUAUCAUAUGGGAAUCAUAUUAUAAAUUAAGCCGGUGUAGGUUUUAUUAUUAGAAAGUUAAUAAAAUUCUUAUAUCAUAGUACAAAAUUCAUACCAUCAAUGGUCUCCAGUUUCGUGGUUGUACACCAUAAUGACUUGUAUACCUGUAACUAGUUCUCUUUUGUAACUAGAUUUCUGUGAAUUACCAUAACUUGUUGAAAGUGGCCAUCAAGUAACAAAUGUCUUUUAGUUCUUUACUACAAAAUAGUUUAUUCAAGUAAUCAAUAAUUAUUAUAUUUAUGUAAAUUAAAAUAUCAUUAUUAUUAAUUUCAAUCUAAGACAUGUGAAUAUGUAUAUAUUACUAAUAUUUUAUCAACUAUACUAUCUUGAUCGCAAUGUAUGAAUGUAUUGUAUAUAAUAAAUAUCUAUCAUCCUAUAAAUAUUAUAAAAUAUUUUUCAUGUUGUAUUUUUGUUAAUGUAUUCUAAUAUUGAACUAACUUACCAUGAACUCUAUUGAAGUGAUAUGAUUAAUCAUAGAAAUGAUGUUUUAAUGUAAAGUGAUGAAAUUAUUCAGAUCAUUAUUGUAUUUGACUUGCUGUUACUAAUGUUAACUACAAAUUCUAUUCGAUUUCUGUCUCCCUACUCUUACGAGAAAAAAAUUAAUAAGCAAUAUUUAUGUACUAUCGACUAAUGUGAGCACCAUUUGUUGUUUGGGUCAAUAAUAAUGUAUAAUUAUUACAUUGGUU